AUAUUUUUAUUUUAUUUUAUAUUAGGAUCGAUUAUGUGGUGCUCUAGUUGCUGCACUUGUCUAUCGUCAUACAGCUGAUUUAUGUGAGAAACGAAGUUCAACAGAAACUGUAACUGUACAAAAAUUAAGAGAUCAUGCUGAUGAAUAUGAACAACUUGCUAUGCGUCUUGUUCAAUGCCUUUAUUUAUCUAAUCCAAAUCUAACAAGAUUAGCAUUAAAACGUGAAAAUUUUGAAUUUAAUAAACUGUCAUCAUUAGAAGUUGCAAUUAUAUCGCAUAGUGAAAAUUUUGUUGGACAUACCAGUGUUCAAGAAGUAUUUGAUAAUAUUUGGAGCGGAGAUACAACUCAUAAAAUAAAAGGUAAACAUUUUGAUCGAAUGCUUGCAAGUACUGCGUCUUCAUUUGGCCAUGCAACAACAGGAAUUCAAGCAAAAGAUCAAAAGGAUUUCUUUAAAUAUAUCUUUUCAAUAAAAAAUAAAUUAUCUCGACCACGUGUUAAAUAUCAAGUGCACUUUUUAUUCUACAUAAUUUUCUUAUGUUUAUUAUCCUAUCUCGUACUGUUUGUUAAACCAUCUUUAAUUGAAUUAAAUGAAGAAAUGGCAUUUUCAUGGGAAAAUGGUUCAUGUGUACAUGAUAAUGGAGCAUUUUGUGCAAGACCAAAAUCUUUCACUAAUUCAUGGUCAAUUUUACAAUUAAUUAUUAAUAUUUGGGUAUUUAUGUUUGCACUUGAAGAAUUCCGACAAGCAAAAUUCUUUAAAACAAAAGAUAAUGGAAUAAAACAAACGUUGCUACUUUAUCUCGAUGAAUCUUGGAAUAAACUCGAUGCUCUUUGUGUCAUUAUGUAUGUGGUUUCUAUUAUUUUAGAAUCUUACAAUACACGAGCAACAUUAAAUGCAUCAAGAGCAUUUCUUGCACUUGACGUUGUUUUAUGGUUUAUACGUUUAUUAAUAUUAUUAAUGAUUGAUCGUGCAGUAGGACCAAUGCUUUUAAUGAUUCAAGCCAUGGUAGGAGUGAUCUGUGCUUUGUAUCGUUUAAUAUAA